UUCAGAUAGAAACGUUUUUAAAGUAGUAGGCUUGAAACAAACAACAACUUCGGGUUUUAAACUCAAACAACAAAACAUACUCUCGCCCCGAUUUUCUCGCUAUUUCCGUCUUUUGUUUUUAACCUAUUGUGUUGUUCCUCGUUUGUUUUUCAUUUCUCUGGGUUCAAUCCUAGGAGUAAUCGUUUAAAAAAUCAUCCCGGAAUAUAGUUUAUUUGGUUGAUUUCAUUCAAGAAUGAUAUUUUUCAGCUAAUUUUUCAAGAAUUUCUUGCAAACUCUUUUGAUUAAUGGUGGGAAUUUUUAGGAGUUGUUGAAAAAAAGAAUAAUCUUGUGUAGUCUUAUAGAAUCAAGGGAUGGCGUGUAGUCCAUCAACAAUGCAAGAACCAAGUAUAGAUACAGAUAAGUUGAGUUAUGAGAUAUUUUCGAUUUUAGAAAGUAAAUUUCUGUUUGGUUAUGAUGAUCAAAAGCUAUGGAUCCCAAAACAGAUAUCACCACCACUUACAGAGACUGCAUAUGAAGUUGCAGGGUCACCAGGUAAUGAUACUAAUGGAGUUUCAGCCUUUAAAAACCAGAGAGGGAAAGUUUGUAUACUCAGUAUUGAUGGUGGUGGAAUGAAAGGAAUACUUGCUGGUAAAGCCUUAGCUUAUCUCGAACAAGCUUUGAAGAAUAAAUCAGGUAAUCCAGAUGCAAGAAUUGCUGAUUAUUUCGAUGUUUCUGCCGGAACUGGUGUCGGAGGGAUUUUCACGGCUAUGCUUUUCUCUACAAAGAAUCAUAACCGUCCGAUUUUCAGAGCAGAAGAUACAUGGAAGUUUUUAGCAGAACAGGGUUCAAGAUUUUACAAAGCGAGUUCGAAACCUGGUUUAGUAAAGCGGAUUUUAAAAGGAGGUAACGGUUCGAGUACGAGUUCAGGAACAGGUCGCUUAGAAAGAGCUAUGAAAGAGUCAUUUGUCGCCGAGAAUGGUCGUUGUUUAACUCUAAAGGAUACAUUAAAGCCUGUAUUAAUACCGUGUUACGAUUUAUCAAGUUCAGCUCCGUUUUUGUUUUCACGAGCUGAUGCCCUUGAAACAGAUAGUUACGAUUUUCGGCUUUGGGAAGUUUGUCGAGCAACAUCAGCUGAACCUGGAAUGUUUGAUCCGGUUUCUAUGAGGUCAAUCGAUCGACAAACACGGUGUAUUGCGAUUGAUGGUGGUUUAGCGAUGAGUAAUCCGACGGCAGCUGCAAUCACUCAUGUGUUGCAUAAUAAACAAGAAUUCCCAUUUGUUAGAGGUGUUGAAGAUUUGAUGGUGUUGUCAUUGGGUAGUGGUCAACUUCUUGAUGGUAAUUUUCCAUAUGAAAAAGUUCAAGGAUGGAAAGUUAAGGAUUGGGCUAAACCCAUGGCUAGAAUUAGUGGUGAUGGUGCAGCUGAUAUGGUUGAUCAUGCUGUUGCUAUGGCUUUUGGUCAGAGUCGGAAUAGCUGUUACCUUCGAGUUCAGGCGAAUGGAUCAAAUUUGUGUAGGGGUGUGGCGAAUUUGGAUUGUGACCCUAGCCCUGGAAACGUGAAGAAGCUAGUUGCAGCUGCAGAUGAGAUGCUCAAACAGAAAAAUGUGGAAUCCGUGCUCUUUGGUGGUAAGAGAGUAGGAGAGCUGAUGAAUUACGAAAAGCUAGACUGGUUUGCUGGAGAACUUGUGUUGGAGCACCAGAGGAGGAGUUGCAGAAUAGCUCCCACUGUUGCAUUCAAACAAGCUGCUACUCCAAGAUCUACCUAACAGCUCCACACCAAAUACUGAAAAGAAAAUAAAGUCAAAAAAGUAAAAGCAAGCAGAAGGAAAAAAAAAAAAAAAAGCAAAAUUGCAAAUAGCUUUGCUUUUGGAGAAGGGGUCAGAUCAGA